AUGUCGGAGGACGAUUACCCAGCUAAGCCUACCAGUGAUGACGCUUUUUUGAAUCGAACAGCGGACGAGGAUGAUGACGAUGAAGGUGAGGAGAUAACUGCCCAAAAGGUUUUGGAAUUUCUCGAAACGGCUUGGACCAACGAGAUGUGCGCUCCUGACAUAUUGCAACAUCAGAGUGAUAUGUUGGAACUGAUGAUGGGUCAAGUGGCGCACAUGGAGGAGAACAUGAAAGACUUGGACAAGAACGAUUUUCGAUUUGUGGUGCAUCAAAUGGAAUUGGAGCGGAUCCGUUAUGUUAUGGCCAGUUAUCUAAGGUGUCGUUUGCAAAAAAUUGAAAUGUAUACAAAGCACAUACUCAACGAGGAAUCUACACGAAGUACCGAAGAGAAACGUCUGUCACCGGAGGAGACCAAAUUUGCCCAUGAAUACUACGAAAAUACGGAGGAAUGCUUCCAGCAAGUCGCUCUUCAAUAUAUGCCGAAUACGCAGCGUUCUGAGGCAGAUCAGAGGAUUGUUCGACCCAAUCUCAUGAGUCAUGUGUUCGUAAAGGCGAACGUCUCAGUGCCUGCCGUCGUUGUUGGUGUGGAUGAUGAGGUCGAUUUGGCUGCUGGUUCCCAACACAUUAUACCCUAUCAACUAAUUGCUGAUCUAAUACAAAAGCAUCAAGUACAGUUGAUUUGA